ACCGGCCGCGGCGGCGGCGGGAGGGCGCAGCGGGGGCCGCCGCGGCCGCAGCAUCGCGGCGCGGUGUCAGGGAUGGAGCCCUGGAAGCAGUGCGGGCAGUGGCUGAUCAGCUGCAAGGUGCUGCCGCCCAACCACCGGGUGACCUGGGACACUGCCCAGGUCUUCGACCUGGCGCAGACGCUGCGCGACGGCGUCCUGCUCUGCCAGCUCCUCAACAACCUGCGCAGCCACUCCAUCAACCUCAAGGAGAUCAACCUGCGCCCGCAGAUGUCCCAGUUUCUUUGCUUGAAGAAUAUAAGGACUUUUCUUUCGGCAUGUUGUGAAAUAUUUGGGAUGAAGAAAAGUGAACUUUUUGAAGCAUUCGAUUUGUUUGAUGUGAGAGAUUUUGGAAAGGUGAUAGAAACACUUUCAAAACUUUCUCGCACUCCUAUUGCAUUAGGCACAGGAAUAAGGCCCUUCCCUACAGACGAAAGCGUUGAUGAUGAAGAUGUCUACAAAGGUCUUCCUGAUUUAAUAGAUGAAACUGGUGUUGAUGAAGAUGAGGAGUUGUAUGAUUGCGUCUAUGGAGAAGAUGAAGGUGGGGAGGUUUAUGAAGACCUAAUGAAAGAUGAAGCAGCACAGCAACCUAAGUAUACUGAAAAUGACAUAAGAAGCUGUUGUCUCACUGAAAUAAAGCAAACUGAAGAGAAAUACACUGAAACUCUGGAAUCGAUAGAGAAAUUCUUUAUGGUGCCAUUGAAAAGGUUUCUGUCAGCAUCAGAGUUUGAUACUGUUUUCAUCAACAUUCCUGAUUUGGUGAAAAUUCACAGGAAUCUAACACAGGACAUCAAUGAUUCCAUUGUUAACAAAAAUGACCAGAACCUAUAUCAAAUUUUUAUUAACUACAAGGAAAGAUUGGUUAUUUAUGGACAGUACUGCAGUCAAGUGGAGAUAGCGAUAUCAUGCUUAGACAACAUCUCUAAGACAAAAGAAGAUGUUAAAUUGAAGUUAGAGGAAUGUUCCAAGAGGGCCAAUAACGGGAAAUUUACACUGCGAGAUCUUUUAGUAGUUCCAAUGCAGAGAGUGCUAAAAUAUCACCUACUGCUCCAGGAGCUGGUAAAGCACACUACUGAUCCCAUGGAGAAGGCAAAUCUAAAACUGGCGCUUGAUGCAAUGAAGGACUUGGCUCAAUACGUAAAUGAAGUGAAGAGAGAUAAUGAAACGCUCCGUGAAAUUAGACAGUUUCAACUAUCAAUAGAGAAUUUGAAUCAUUCCCUCUUGCAGUACGGAAGACCUCAAGGUGAUGGGGAAAUAAGGAUAACUACAUUAGACAAACGUGCGAGGCAAGACAGGCAUAUCUUCUUGUUUGAUCUAGCUGUAAUUGUUUGCAAACGGAGAGGUGAUAAUUAUGAAAUGAAGGAAAUAAUAGAUCUUCAGAAAUACAAAAUUACAAAUAACCCCACCACAGAUAAAGAAAAUAAGAAGUGGUCUUAUGGCUUCUACCUCAUUCAUAUCCAAGGUCAAAAUGGUUUAGAAGUUUAUUGCAAAACCAAAGACUUGAAGAAAAAAUGGCUUGAACAAUUUCAGAUGGCUCUGUCAAACAUACGGCCAGACUAUGCGGAUACCAGCUUUCAUGAGUUCAAAAUGCAUACCUUCAGUCGCGUGACAUCUUGCAAAGUCUGCCAGAUGCUUCUGAGGGGAACAUUUUAUCAAGGCUAUUUAUGUUCUAAGUGUGGCGCGGGAGCACACAAAGAGUGUUUAGGAAGAUUAGACAAUUGUGGCAGAGCUAAUUCAGGUGAACACGGGAACCUGAAACAUGAGAAACGAACGAAUGGAAUUAGAAGAAACUCUAGACACGUGGACCCAGGUUUACCAAAAAUGCAAGUAAUUCGAAACUACAAUGGAAUACCACAGCCAGCAACACAAGAUGGUCCACCAUUGCAUAUCCAGAUUGGAGACACUAUUGAACUAAUUAGAGGAGAUGCACAUAGCUUAUUUUGGCAGGGCAGAAAUCUAACAACAGGAGAGCUUGGAUUCUUCCCCAGUGAUGCAGUAAAGCCUAGCCCAUGUGUUCCUAAACCAGUAGACUACUCUUCACAACCGUGGUUUGCAGGAGCAAUGGAAAGAUUGCAAGCAGAGAGUGAACUUAUUAACAGAAUAAAUAGCACUUACCUGGUGCGGCACAGGACCAAAGAGUCAGGAGAAUAUGCAAUUAGUAUUAAGUACAAUAACGAAGUGAAACACAUCAAGAUUUUAACAAGAGAUGGCUUUUUCCACAUUGCAGAAAACAGAAAAUUUAAAAAUUUAAUGGAACUCGUAGAAUACUAUAAGCACCACUCUCUCAAAGAAGGCUUUCGAAGUUUGGAUACUACUCUUCAAUUUCCAUACAAAGAAUCUGAAAACUCAGUGGGACAAAGGAGUAACAGAACAGGUGGCAACUUGCUAAGUCCGAAGGUGAUAGGCAUUGCCAUAGCCAGGUAUGACUUCUGUGCAAGAGACAUGAGAGAACUGUCCUUAUUGAAAGGGGAUGUUGUCAAAAUUUAUACAAAGAUGAGUGCGAAUGGCUGGUGGAGAGGUGAAGUAAAUGGAAGGGUGGGCUGGUUUCCAUCAACUUACGUUGAAGAGGACGAAUGAAUUAAAAACUUUCCUCUGCUGACCAGCAGUUUCAGGGAUUUUAAAAAUUUAAUAUCUUCAAAGUGUUAUUGGUCUUGUUAAGUAUUUAAACAGCAGCAUUUUUGUCUGUCUGAACCUUCCAGUCUUAAUGUUGGGAUUUAUACAGAAGUUUGUGCUGACAGAUUAUUACCUUGCCCAGAGCUGUGCAAGAAACAACCUGCUGGUUUGCAGUCACUGGGGAUCAGUACAAAGUCCAACCCUCACCUUCCCCGAAGAUCUCUGGAAAACAAUUUUCUUUAUGCUCCUUGUCAUUUCACCCUGUACUACACCAUGAAUACUAGCUAUGGCUGAAUAUUUAAUAAGUCUCUUUUCUUCUAGCUAACAUCUGUGAUGGUACAAGGAGAUGAAGGCUUAUUAUUCCUUAUCACUGCAUGCAGAAAACAGAGUUCAGUCAUUCCAAUGGGCAUAAAGUAUAGUUAGUAGACUUGUCUUGAAACAUCAAACUACUACUUAUCACCUGACAAACAGUUCUACACUCACAAAAACCUUCUGAAGGAAAUAUGAAUGUAGUAAACAUGAGUAGCAUUCAUGCAUAUGUAAUUAGUUAACUGACUACUUUGAGGUCCUGCCUAAACUUCUAACAAUGUGUUUGAAGACAACAUUUUAAAAAGGUGUAGUGAUGUGGUAUCGCUUGAAAAAGUGUCCACAAAGUGGAAUUGUGGGAUCCUUUCUUUGUCAUCCCAAGUCUUUGUGUGAGGCUUUUUCAUUUCAGCAGCUGACCAUAAAAGUGCAACUGAGGAUAGUCGUGACAAGACCAGUUUUAAAAUUUUCAGCAUUAAUAUUAAAUAAAUCUUCUAGGUCUAUUCUGAAGGAGCAUAUACUAAUGCAAGAUGAUGUCACCCCUCAAGAACAGAACUGUUUAUCUUAACCUCUUGAUUGAUUCAGAUGAGCUUUGAUGCUUCCAACUCUAAGAUGUCUUUUCCUAGUUAGGAGUUUCUAUCUCCUUUUAUACUCUUGUAAGGUAAUGCAAAGGGAACUUGCAGACUUCUUUGUGCCCUUUCCUCUCUUGUUCCCUGGGAUGUUAGUGGCAGUUCAAUGAGGGAGUGAGCUUGUUGCAGUGUUAUGAACAUCCCAAAGGAAAUUGUGUCUAGGUUAGCUAGCUUGAAACAUCAGGCGUUGUGAAGUGGUGUCCGCUGCGUGGUGAGGCAGUGUUUUAAUGUAUUUAUGGAGGGUGAGAGGUGCUGUAGUUACAAGCUAAAAUAAAUGUGGGUGAUGUCUUCAGAUGUGCAGUUUCGAAUACUUAGAUAAUGUCUAAUCUGGCUUGAAAACUUCUAAGAAAAUAAAAAUGCAUUUUCUUUCUAGGGUAAUAUUGACCAAUCAAGAAAGUUAAUUCAUCCUGUCCCACAUCCUCUCUCUUGUUUUUCCCUGUCCUCUUUGCUCAUAGGCAUCUUGCAAUUAGUGUGCAUACACGCUGCACGAGUUAGCACCGCAGUUUUUACCACUCUACAAGCAACAUAAUACCCACUGUUCAUCCACAGACCAGAAUCUGCUAGUACGUAUUUCAGAUUCUUUUUGCCUGUCCCCAGUGUUCUUCGCUUCUUUCUGGCCUCCUUCUGGCCAUCAGGAAGAACCAAGCACAGCACAGAGGAUUCACAAUAAUCCCCAUUGUCUCUGCAGCCAUCUUGCCCAUCUGCUACACCUAGCAUACACUGCUGUGUGACCAAGUGAAAGAGGGGAUCGUCUAAUUAGAAAUCCUCUACUUGGGAGAUUCAGCCUUGCAGAUGAAACUCUGCUGAUGCUCUAACUUUUCAAGGAUUUACCUCAAAAUUAUGUAAACUGUGAUUGUGUUGAGUGCAUUACUUGAUGGAACAAUUGAGAGCAUUUGUAAAUAUGUAGAUUAUGCAUAAAACAUAAUUUGUAAAUUAUGUGUACAGCAGUGUAGACUAGGGAGUAUACUGUCUUUGAUCAUGUUUUGCCAUGCAGUUCUAUUGUUUAUUGGGAGCUUGAUCCUAUAUUCCUUAAGUAGACAAAGUUGAUUCUUUCACAGUUUUGCCUGCUCAAGGGGUAGAAGAAUAAGCUCUAGGCCUGUGAAGUGUUUAGUGCUUUGCUGUCAUAUAGUUCUCCUGAGAAGAGGCAGUUUAAUUCAAUACAAGUUGAGAAAUACAUCAGUCAUUUUCAACAGCUUGGUUUUAGAAUAAUUUUGAGUAGUCUCUCGAUCUUAAAGUUGCCGUAAAGCUUUUAAGCGAUUCCUGAGUCCAGUAAUCAGCUUUUGAGAAGAAUGAAAGCCAUAGCUAAACUUACUUUUGUGGUAUAAAUCUACAUGUCAUUGUGUGUUUAAUGCCCUGUAUUGAUUGAGUUAAUGCUGCAUCUUAAACUAUAUUUUGAGUACCAAAGACUUCCUAAAUAUUCUGGAGUGUCUCUUUCAUGUGCUACUUUUGCCUGUAUGGAGGUUUUGUUGUCAUGCAAUAAUGGAGUUACAGUACUUUAAUUUGUACUAUUUUGUAAAUAUGUUAAAUAUAAUAAAAUGGUUAAUUUUUUGUUUAAUGGUAUGUGUCAAAAUGCAUAGUUGGCUAUUAUGAAGUUUGUACUUCGUUUGCCUAACCACCUCCUCAUUGUGAACAGAAGUUGAUAGUGUUCUGUUUUGGUUUCCCAGGUUUGUAUAAUCCUGGUUUAGCUGUAAAACUGAGUUGUCCAUGUAAAUGGGAUAGUAUAGCUUUCCUUGAGAGCUUCUUAUUGUUGGGAUACCUUGUCUUCUGCCACAUCCAGGAAGGUGAUGGGUUUUUUUGUUCGUUAUGUUUCAGUCAUAUACUACUGAUCUUUGUCUGUCAAAGAUGAUACUUGCUGUUUUUUGAUUGAAAAGAAGGUGUUCUUAAAAAGUUUCCUUUUACGUGUCAUGUUUCAUAGUAAUGUCCUUUCUCUUCCAUCUUCUGCUUUCUCCCUCUGUCAUAUGUGAAUUAACAUACAAAUUCAGGCUGAAUUGAGCUCAAAUCUGAAAAUAUAGUCU